GCAGCAGCGGCGCGCCGGCGCGCCACGCCCCUGUGCGAUGUGCCGGUGCGAGAAGGGACAGGCAGUCAGUCAGCCAGAAGCAGAGCAGAAGGGCCAAGGGCCAGAAGCAGAAGUAGCGAGCCUAGCAGCGGCAGCUCCUCUCCGUAUAGCACCGCUCUUCGACCUCAAGACGCAGUUUGACCUCCCUCAGAAAGCCCAACACGGCGCUUCCCGGUCCCGGUUUCCCAACACAGCGAUGGAGCUGGAGCAGCUGCCCGACGAGGUGGUGAUGCUGGUGCUUGGGUACGUGGCCGUCGACGACCUCUUCGCGUUCCGGCUCGUGUGCAAGCGACUCGGCGGCCUGGCUCUGCACCCCGGAGUGUGGCGGCACAGACGACGUGCCACUGACCGUCGCACCAUCUCCAACGACCCCGACGGCCCCAAGAAGCUGUGUCGGCUGCUGCGCCUGGCGCCGCGCCUGGCCUCGCUGUACGUCCCCGUCGAGUCGACACAGGACCACCACUUCCCGCUGUACGCCACGACCAGGUGCGCGGUGCGCCGGCUCAACUUGGACGUGUCCCACGCCGGGAGCGUGCCCGCCGCACUGAUCGUGCGCAACCAGGAGGCGCUCGGCCACCUGACGGUCGUCGUGCUCACGUUCUUUUCAACGGUGGUCGACGCUGCCGUGCUCCUCGGGACGUUGGCGUCGACGUCCGUCUUGAAGAAGCUCGAGGUGCGGCACGGCUGGCUGGUCGACGGACUAUCCGCGGGCAGCCUGCACUAUUCCGUGGCCCGGCCGUCCCUCACGUACUUUAAGUGUCAUCUCACGUCAGAUACACAGCCCUUCGUCGACCUGGUACUGGCUGGGCACGCUGCUACCCUGGAAACGGUCGACCUCGGAGGACCUCGUCACAUCAGUCACAUCACGACCUCGACGGGGUGCUUGCCCGCCUGUAUGCCCAACCUCCGUGACCUCAACUGCUCGCUGCUCCCCGGCAUGGAGACGCUCGCCCCGUCGCUGACCAAUGUGACGCUGCACGUGACGCCCGAGAUGCGACUCGGAGUCCUCGGGGCCGCGGAGAUGCUGCGGCGCGCCUCCAAGCUCCGCUACCUCACCUUGAAGUACUGCCCCGCGGCCCGCACCUCAGCUUACGUCGGGGUCGAUCUGGUCGAGGCCCUGGCGCUGUCGGGACGGUCCGCCGUGCAGGUGCUGGACAUCGACAACGAUCGCGAGAACGAGCUCGCCGACGAAGAGAACGACGACGGGGUGGAGUACCUCCCUCAGCUGCAGCCGCUGGUCAGGGCGCUGCCCUCUCUGCCGGCCCUGCGCCACCUCAUGCUGUCCGUGUACGUCCCUCCGGACGAGCUGCUGCUGGCCAUCACGCCGCAGACGGCGCCGGCCCUGCGGGAACUCAUGCUGUAUCCCAUGCGGUGGCUGCCUGCUCGCUGCGCCCACGACUGGCGCCAUAAGGACUCGGUCCAGACCCUUCUGUCUCGCAAUCCUGUGCUCAAGUUUAGCGUGCUCACGUCGCCGUACUGCCUCAAGGGCCAGCGCUGUGGAGCCUGCGCGCAGGGCUGCCACAACACGCUGUGGGAGUGGGAUUGGGACUUGGAGUUUGACGAGCAUGGAGACGUUAACAGAUCAGAAUUUCAAGACCUUAUUCAUAUUCGAUGAAGUGGUCACAGUUUUUUUUUUUAACCUAGUCAUAUUAAAUGUUUUGUCGCUAAAUGUUCUUGAUUGUAUGAUUCAUGUUUAAAAGAACCUUUUUCUGAGAAAAAAAGACAACUACUACAGCUACC